AUGUCGCGGUCGUCGACGUGCGCGGCGGAGGCCGGCCUGGUGGCCAUGGACUGCGUUGUGGUGUGCUGCUGCUGCCCGUGCCUGGUGCUGCAGAUCACCGUGUUCCUCUUCGUCCGGCUGCCCAGGAAGGUGGUGGUCAAGUCCAAGAGGAUCAUCCUCAGGAGAUGGCACAAAAGGAGAUCGUCAGCCGCGGCGAAGAGGAGCCGCUCCCGAAGCGUCUCAUCGUCUGGCAUGAGGAGCCUCCAGGAGCUCCUGGACGGCACGUUCAGGAAUUUUAAUGGAGGGGAGUGCAGCGACAGUGCCAGCUACGGCGGUGAUAGCUGGAAAGAGAGGUGCUUCGCCAUGGACGACGAAAGCAGCGGGGAUUGGAAAGAGAGAUGCUUCGCCGUCGACGACGACGACGACGGCGACGCCGUGUGGGAGGCGCUGGUGCAGCAGGAGGGGCUCUUCUGGUUCGGGAGCUUCUGGGGCCGCACGGAGCAGGGGGAUCCGGUGUCCGCGGAGGACAAGAUGUACGCAGGCCUGAGCUUGCCGGUAGUCCUAGAGAGAGUUUGCGACGACUAG